GGACAUGGUGGCUACCAGAUACGCCCGGCAGACGUUCAUCUACUCCGCGAUUCCUUACUUGAGGGACAGGAACUUUGACGGGCUCGACAUCGACUGGGAAUACCCCAAGGGUGGAGACGACAAGAAAAACUACGUGCUCCUGUUGAAAGAGCUCCGUGAGGCCUUCGAAGCGGAGGCUCAAGAAGUGAAGAAACCUCGUUUGCUUCUUACUGCAGCUGUACCAGUUGGACCUGACAACAUCAAGAGCGGAUACGACGUUCCUGCUGUAGCCAGCUAUCUGGACUUCAUCAAUCUUAUGGCCUACGACUUCCACGGCAAAUGGGAGAGGGAGACCGGCCACAACGCCCCGUUGUACGCUCCCUCAACAGACUCGGAGUGGAGGAAGCAGCUGUCAGUAGACCACGCAGCACAUCUCUGGGUCAAACUUGGAGCCCCCAAGGACAAACUUAUUAUUGGUAUGCCAACAUAUGGACGUACAUUCACGCUCUCCAACCCUAAUAACUUCAAAGUGAACGCGCCGGCCAGUGGCGGAGGAAAAGCGGGAGAGUACACCAAAGAAAGCGGUUUCCUCGCUUACUAUGAGGUGUGCGAAAUGCUAAGGAACGGGGGUGCCUACGUCUGGGACGAUGAAAUGAAAGUCCCUUACUGCGUCCACGGGGACCAGUGGGUCGGAUUCGACGAUGAGAAAUCAAUCAGGAACAAAAUGAGGUGGAUCAAAGACAAUGGCUUCGGAGGGGCUAUGGUGUGGACCGUUGAUAUGGACGACUUCUCUGGCAACGUCUGCGGCGGCGAUGUAAAGUAUCCAUUGAUCGGUGCUAUGAGGGAAGAACUCCGAGGUAUAUCUCGAGGUAAAGACGCCAAAGAUGUCGACUGGGCCACGGUAGCUUCCAGCAUAGUGAUAGAAGAAACUGAGAAACCAGAACCGAUACAGGUUCCAUUGUCCGAAGUACUCAAGCGCAUCAAGAAGCCCGGUAAAAACGUCAUCAUAAAGACCAAUGGAGCGGCACUUUCAGAUAAAAACAAACGCGAGCCCCAAGUACUCUGUUAUCUCACAUCCUGGUCAGCCAAACGUCCAAGCGCAGGCCGCUUCACACCAGAAAACGUUGACCCCAAACUCUGUACCCACAUCAUAUACGCUUUCGCAACCCUCAAAGACCACAAGCUAGCUGAAGCUGACGACAAAGACGCUGAUAUGUACGAUAAAGUCGUUGCGUUGAGAGAGAAGAACCCUAAUUUGAAGAUAUUGCUCGCCAUCGGAGGCUGGGCCUUCGGAUCUACUCCGUUCAAAGAGUUGACUUCGAACGUGUUCCGCAUGAACCAGUUCGUGUAUGAAGCCAUCGAGUUCCUCCGCGACUAUCAGUUCAACGGCUUGGACGUGGAUUGGGAAUAUCCUAGAGGAGCUGAUGACCGUGCAGCAUUCGUAUCUCUGCUCAAGGAAUUGCGUCUGGCGUUCGAGGGUGAAGCCAAGACUUCAGGUCAGCCCCGGCUUCUGCUCACUGCUGCUGUACCGGCGUCGUUCGAGGCAAUCGCCGCUGGAUAUGAUGUACCGGAAAUAUCGAAAUAUUUGGACUUCAUAAACGUGAUGACGUAUGACUUCCACGGCCAGUGGGAGCGCCAGGUCGGCCACAACAGUCCGCUGUUCCCCCUUGAAAGCGCCACGAGCUACCAAAAGAAACUAACUGUGGACUACUCCGCCCGCGAGUGGGUCCGCCAGGGUGCCCCCAAAGAGAAGCUGAUGAUCGGCAUGCCCACGUACGGAAGGUCCUUCACGCUUAUCAACGAAACACAGUACGACAUCGGCGCUCCGGCUUCAGAGGGCGGAGAAGCCGGACGUUUCACCAACGAAGCCGGCUUCAUGUCCUACUACGAAAUCUGCGAGUUCCUACGAGAGGACAACACGACGCUCGUCUGGGACAACGAGCAGAUGGUGCCGUUCGCCUACCGAGGCGACCAGUGGGUCGGGUUCGACGACGAGAGAUCGCUUAAAACAAAAAUGGCCUGGCUGAAGGAAGAAGGAUUUGGCGGGAUAAUGGUCUGGUCUGUCGACAUGGACGACUUCCGCGGCUCUUGUGGAACUGGCAAGUUCCCGCUCAUCACGACCAUGAAGCAGGAACUGUCCGACUACAAGGUUAAGUUGGAAUACGACGGGCCCUACGAGACGGUGCUCACCAGCGGCCAGUACACCACUAAGGACCCCACUGAGGUGACGUGCGAGGAGGAGGACGGCCACAUCUCGUACCACAAGGACCAGGCGGACUGCACCAUGUACUACAUGUGCGAGGGCGAGCGGAAGCACCACAUGCCGUGCCCCUCCAACCUCGUGUUCAACCCCAACGAAAACGUCUGCGAUUGGCCAGAGAACGUGGAGGGAUGCGCCCACCACACGCAGGCGCCGCCCGCCAGACGGUAGGCCCCGGGACCACACCGACCAACAUCGGCCUUCGCAUCUAGAUCUAAACAAAACUGUUCGUAUAUUCCGGUUUUAGUUUUAGUUUUAAUUCGUUCCAGUAAGUGCACGAUAAAUGAGAGAAUGUAAAUAUGUAUGUGCAGUUCUUGUAUGCGUUUUUAUAAUUGGUUUACCUGGAUGACACACUUAGUGCAUAGUAAUAAUAUUUUCAACUCCCAUAUUUCAACGUUUCAUUGUCUAAGCCUAUAUUAUUUUACGAUUACUAUCACAAUAAAGUUACACGAUAUUUAUUGGG